AUGGAAGUCGACCCGUAUAUGAUGGACCCGCCGCGGGACCAGGACAGAUGGGAUGCUGGAAGCAGUGCACCAACUCAGAUUAUUCUGGGAGCUUGUCUAUUCACGUUGGCGACAGUCGUUUACGGUCUAAGAAUAUUGACAAGAGUACGUUUGCAGAAGAAUGCACUUCGUCUCGAUGAUCUUCUCACUGGUGCUUCGUUGGUGGCAUGCUGGGCGUUCUAUGCUUGCACAAUGGGCAUGGUGGCUCAAGGUGGCUGUGCUACCAACUUUUGGCAGGUCAAGCAAUCCCAGUACGAGACAUUACUCAAGUGGACUGUCCCAGUCAACAUCUUCUACAUGCUCUCGUCCGAUCUCGCUAAGAUUUCCCUUCUGUUCUUCUACCUCCGCCUCUCACCCGAACGGAACUUUCGAAUCGUUGUAUACAUAUUGAUCACCCUUUUUGGUCUAUACGCCCUCAUCUACGCCAUGAUCAGCCUUUUCGGCUGCCAGCCAAUUAAGGCGUCUUGGGACCUUGCUGCACAGGCGACAGGAAAGUGCAUCGACAAGUUCGGCUUUUUCUUGGCGGCUUCAGUAGCCAACGUCGUUAUGGAUCUGGUCAUUCUGCUUCUCCCUUUACAAAUUGUCAUCCCACUCCAAAUUCCGCGACGACAAAAGAUGUCACUACUUUUUCUUUUCACUACUGGCGGCUUCGUUAUUAUCGUUGCUAUAUACAACUGUGUUCUCACUGUCAAGCUAUUCAGUAGCCCGAACUACACCUGGGGCCUAGCAUACGAGUUGUGCUGGAUGUAUGCGGAGUUGACGGGCUGUGUCAUCUGCGCCUCCGCCAGUUCUCUCAAGCCGUUCUUCAAGCGCAUUAUACCAGCUCUGUUCAGCAGUCAUGGCGCCAGCUACGGCCCAUCUGGUGCAACAGGUGGAUCCCACGCCGUAGUCAAUAGCAGAAGGCAGCUCAGUCGCAAGCAGGCGGAUGCAAUCGAACUUCAAUCUGGAGAUGACUCUGAGUCGGGCCGAAAGGUCAUGGACGAUGAUGAAACUAAGCUCUGGCCAAAGCCUAAGAGCAGUUUUGACAAUAGCAACGGUAACCACAAGGUCUUAGUUUCUGCAACAGGCGAGAGCAAUGGAGUGGGAAGAAGCAGCUCGAGGUUUCAGAGGAACGGGAAAUCGGAUGGUAUUGAGAUAGUUUCGACAACGGAGGUGUUGUACAGUCCCAGAUAA